AUUGGAAUUUGGACAAAUACAUUUGGGAGAUUGAGAAUGGAGUCAGGCGGUGGUGGUGGUGGUGGAGGUCCUGGGGGUGGUGGAGUGGCAGGCUUGGCCUCGUUCAUCAUGAACGAAGAAGAACUGAAGAGAAAACAAAGGGAGAAGCUGAAGAAACUGCUGGCCACCGGAGGAAACCCUCGACCUCCACGUACAUUGUUCUUCUUCAAGCUCAGAAACCCUUUCCGGAAGGCUUGCACCAACAUUGUGGAAUGGAAACCUUUUGAGAUCAUUAUCCUGCUAACCAUCUUCGCUAACUGUGUAGCUCUUGCUGUGUUUCUGCCUAUGCCUGAAGAGGACACCAACAACACCAACUUAACAUUGGAGAGUCUGGAGUACAUCUUUCUGGUCAUUUUCACUCUGGAGUGCUUCUUAAAGAUAAUAGCAUACGGCCUCUUGUUCCAUGAAGGAGCCUAUUUACGAAAUUGUUGGAAUAUAUUGGACUUUGUCAUUGUGUUCAUGGGGCUCUUCACACUUGUUGUAGACACCAUCGACACAAUAACAGGAGUUCAGAAAGAGAAAGGCGGAGGCUUCGACAUGAAAGCUCUCAGAGCGUUUCGAGUCUUGAGACCUCUGCGCCUCGUCUCUGGAGUUCCUAGCCUGCAGGUGGUGAUGAGCUCUGUUCUGAAGUCCAUGUUGCCCCUUUUCCACAUUUUAUUGCUGGUCUUUUUCAUGGUCACCAUUUAUGCCAUUAUGGGUUUGGAGCUUUUCAAGUGUAAAAUGCACAAGACUUGCUACUACCAGGGCACCAACAUUAUUGCCCUCAGGGAGAAUGAGAAGCCUUCACCCUGCGCUCAGGCUGGAAACGGGCGGCGCUGCACCAUCAAUGGCACUGAAUGCCGUGACGGAUGGCCUGGUCCCAAUUUUGGCAUAACCCACUUUGACAACUUUGGCUUUGCUAUGCUCACGGUCUUUCAGUGCAUCACCACAGAGAGCUGGACAGAUGUGCUCUACUGGAUUAAUGAUGCCAUGGGAAAUGACUGGCCUUGGAUCUACUUCUUGUCUCUGAUAAUGCUGGGCUCCUUCUUCAUCCUUAACCUUGUCCUUGGAGUACUGAGCGGGGAGUUUACUAAAGAGAGGGAAAAGUCACGGUCACGAGGAGAAUGGCAAGUACUUCGAGAACGACAACAAAUGGAUGAAGAUCUGAAGGGUUACAUGGAAUGGAUCACUCAUGCUGAAGUUAUGGAUGGAGACUCUGAUGCUAUGCUGCUUCUUAGAAAGGACACUGGCUCAGAGACUGAUAGUUUAUAUAAGAUGGAGGGGAUCAACAAGGUGGUCUAUUUCUACCGUCUGGCGCGCCGCUGGAACAUUGUUAUACGGAGAAAGUGUCAUGGCUGGGUGAAAUCAAAGUCCUUCAACUGGUGGGUUCUGAUCGUUGUGUUGCUGAACACUCUGGUCAUUGCCACAGAGCAUCAUAACCAGACAGAGGGCUUAACGAACUUUCAAGACACCGCCAAUGUAAUCCUGCUCGCCUGUUUUACAAUUGAGAUGAUUAUGAAGAUGUAUGCAUUCGGUCCGAGAAGCUACUUUAUGUCCAUCUUUAACCGGUUUGACUGUUUCGUGGUCACCAUCGGAAUACUGGAGAUCAUCCUGGUCGGGUCAGGCAUCAUGACACCACUGGGAAUCUCUGUGAUGAGAUGCAUUCGACUCCUGCGCUUAUUCAAGCUCACAAAGUACUGGACAUCUCUUAAUAACUUAGUAGUAUCUCUACUAAACUCAGUGAAAUCCAUUGCCUCCCUGCUCCUGCUCCUUUUUCUCUUCAUCGUCAUCUUCGCUCUGCUGGGGAUGCAGGUGUUUGGUGGCAAAUUCAACUUUCCUGACAGACCGAUCCAGCGCAGCAACUUCGACAACUUCCCACAGGCCCUCAUCAGUGUCUUCCAGGUCCUGACCGGAGAGGAAUGGGACACAAUCAUGUAUAAUGGCAUAAUGGCUCAUGGUGGACCCAAAUCUCCAGGAAUCCUCGUCAGCAUUUACUUUAUAAUACUAUAUGUCUGUGGAAACUUUGUUCUCUUGAACGUGUUUUUGGCCAUCGCUGUGGACAAUCUUGCCGAAGCUGAGAGUCUGGCAGCCGCACAGAAAGAGAGAGCGGAGGAAAGAGCCAGAAAAAAGCUCAUGAAACCAUUGCCAGAGAAAACUGAGGAGGAGAAAGCCCUGAUGGCCAAGAGACUAAUGGAGUCCAGGCAAAAAACUGAAGGAAUGCCCACCACAGCGAAGCUCAAGAUUGACGAGUUUGAAUCAAAUGUGAAUGAAGUGAAGGACCCCUUUCCUCCUGCUGACUUUCCAGGUGAUGAUGAAGAAGAGGAACCAGAGAUCCCGAUCAGCCCCAGACCCAGACCCAUGGCUGACCUGCAGUUAAAAGAGACUGUGGUGCCCAUGCCUGAAGCCAGCUCCUUCUUCAUCUUCGGCCCUCAGAACAAGUUCCGGAAGCUUUGCCACAGGAUCAUCAACCACACAACCUUCACCAACAUCAUCCUCCUCUUCAUCCUCCUCAGCAGUAUCUCCCUCGCUGCUGAAGACCCCAUCGACCCCCACUCAUUCAGAAACAAGGUCUUGGCUUACGCAGACAUCGUCUUCACAACGGUCUUCACCAUUGAGAUUGUGCUGAAGAUGACGGUGUAUGGAGCGUUCCUGCAUCCCGGCUCCUUCUGCCGAAACUCCUUCAACAUUCUAGAUCUCAUUGUUGUGGCCGUUUCUCUCCUGUCUAUGGGAAUGGAGUCUAGUACCAUCUCAGUAGUGAAGAUUCUCAGGGUGUUGAGGGUACUCAGACCUCUAAGAGCCAUCAACAGAGCCAAAGGAUUGAAGCACGUGGUCCAGUGUAUGUUUGUGGCCAUAAAAACCAUUGGCAAUAUUGUCUUGGUCACCAUGCUCUUGGACUUCAUGUUCUCCUGCAUAGGAGUGCAGCUCUUCAAGGGUACAUUGUUCUACUGUACAGACCCCCUGCAAAAAACAGCAGAGCAGUGUCAGGGAACAUUUUUAAAGCAUGUGCAAAAUUCCCUUCACGACACAGAGAUCCAUCAGCGCAGAUGGGUCAACAGCGACUUCAACUUUGACAAUGUGCUAAAUGGCAUGCUGGCUCUUUUCACUAUCUCCACAUUUGAAGGAUGGCCAGAGAUCCUAUAUAAGGCCAUAGACUCAUAUGACGUGGACACAGGCCCUCUGUACAAUAACCGUGUGGGAAUCUCCAUAUUCUUCAUCAUCUACAUCAUCAUCAUCGCCUUCUUUAUGAUGAAUAUUUUUGUGGGCUUCGUCAUUGUCACUUUCCAAAGACAAGGAGAGCAGGAGUACAAGAACUGUGAGCUGGAUAAAAACCAGCGUCAGUGUGUGCAAUAUGCUCUGAAAGCACGACCCCUCAAAUGCUACAUCCCGGAGAACCCGCAUCAGUACCGUGUGUGGUACCUUGUGACUUCCUGCUACUUUGAGUAUCUCAUGUUCUUUCUCAUCAUGCUCAAUACUCUGAGUCUUGGAAUGCAGUACUGUAACCAGCCUUUUUAUAUAACCAAACUCUCUGACAAUCUGAACGUCAUCUUUACGGUUCUGUUCACUGGUGAGAUGAUUGUCAAACUCAUCGCGUUCAAAGCAAAGGGCUACUUUGGAGACCCUUGGAAUGUGUUUGAUUUCGUCAUUGUCAUCGGCAGUAUCGUUGAUGUGGUCCUGAGUGAGGUUGAUAGAACACUGGAGGCCAGUGGAGGACUGUGGUGUCUACAUGGUUGUAGUGAGGUGGAUCCGAUGCAGGCAAUUGCGGAGGCAGAAAAUGUUAAAUUGUCCAUCACAUUCUUCCGUCUCUUCCGUGUGCUGCGUCUCAUUAAACUGCUCAAUCGCUCAGAGGGCAUCAGGAACCUGCUGUGGACCUUCAUUAAGUCCUUCCAGGCUCUGCCUCAUGUGGGUCUCCUCAUAGUCAUGCUUUUCUUCAUCUAUGCUGUCAUAGGGAUGCAGAUGUUUGGUAAAAUUGCACUGGUUGAUGGUACAGAAAUCAACCGCAACAACAACUUCCAAACUUUCCCUCAAGCUGUUUUGCUAUUGUUCCGGGUUGCCACUGGAGAGCAGUGGCCUAAAAUCAUGCUGGCCUCAAUGUACGGAAAGCUCUGUGACCCUAAAUCAGACUACGGCCCUGGGGAGGAGUAUACCUGCGGCUCCAGCAUCGCUGUCUGUUACUUCCUCAGCUUUUAUAUGCUGUGUGCAUUUUUGGUGAUCAACUUGUUUGUGGCUAUCAUAAUGGACAAUUUUGACUACCUCACCCAUGAUUGGUCAAUCCUUGGGCCGCAUCACCUGGAUGAAUUCAAGAAGAUCUGGGGAGAGUAUGACCCUGAAGCGACGGGGCGAAUCAAACAUUUGGAUGUUGUCACUCUUCUGCGAAGGAUUCAGCCACCAUUGGGUUUUGGUAAAUUCUGUCCACAUCACGCAGCUUGUAAGCGACUGAUUUCCAUGAACAUGCCACUAAACAGUGAUGGCACAGUGACCUUCAAUGCCACACUUUUUGCUCUGGUCAGAACAGCUUUGAAAAUCAAGACUGAAGGAAACUUUGAGCAGGCCAAUGAGGAGCUGAGAGCCAUCAUCAAGUCGAUCUGGAAACGGACCAGUAUGAAGUUGUUGGACCAGGUCAUUCCACCAAUUGGAGAGGAUGAAGUCACGGUUGGAAAAUUCUACGCUACCUUCCUGAUUCAGGAACAUUUCCGCAAGUUUAUGCAGCGACAGGAGGAGUUAUAUGGUUACAGGCCCACCAAGAAGAACGCUGAUGAGAUUAAGGCCGGUUUGCGCAGCAUCGAGGAGGAAGCGGCACCAGAGCUGCACAGGGCAAUAUCAGGUGACCUGAUAGCAGAGGAUGAGAUGGAGCGAGCCAUGGAGAGCGGAGAGGAGGGCAUCUACAGGCGGACAGGUGGUCUCUUUGGACUCAACGCGGACCCCUUUUCCUCUGAGCCCAGCAGCCCUCUGUCCACACAGGUCACCAGCCAGAGGCCCCUGCAGUUUGCGGAGAAUCGGCCGGAGGAUGCAGGGUCUCCUCCAGACUCUGUCUUCCUCCCAAACACAGAGUUUUUCCCUGAUAACAUGCCAACAACAAGCAACACCAAUAACAAUGCUAACUUCAUUGAAGAGUUUACAUUUGAGAGCGAGUCACUGUCAGCAAGCAGAAACUAUUCAUAUGAAGACAUAAGAGACUCCAGCUUGUAUGUGGGCGGAGCCUCAAAUGUUAAUGACAGGCGGCUGUCAGAUUUCAACGUGAAGACUAAUUCUACACAGUUCCCUUAUAAUCCCUCAUGUGAAGAAUCAAAGAACCAGAGAUCAGCAGCAGAAGCCUCACCAGCCACCGACAAACUCAUUCAGCAGGCACUGAGAGAUGGUGGUCUGGAGUCGUUGGCUGAAGACCCACAGUUUGUAUCUGUGACCAGAAAGGAGCUGGCAGAAGCCGUUAAUAUUGGCUUGCAGGAUAUAGAGAGCGUGGCUCAGGGUAUUGUCAAUGGGCAGAGCGGCAAGGUAACCAAACGCAAGCGACGUCCUAUCCCUGUUCCUCCCAGCAAAACCAAGGAAGCCACAAGUGCAGUGUAAACACAUACUGAGAGACUUUUAACAAAACCAUGAGACACCAUCGCCCUGAGGCUUCAGCCAUUGUUUAAAAUCACAGACGUAACAGUUUACGAGCAGGUAGUGAUUAAGCUGUGCUGUUUUUAAAGAUGGUAUUUUGGUUUAGAGAAAUAAUGUUUCCAAAGGACACGUACCAUAAUGCUGUUUCAAUGAGGUCUUGUGAUUUUGAUUUCUGAUGGCUACUCUGAUUCAGGUUUGUUUUUUGGUAAGCGAUUAUACCAAACGUCCUCAAUAAAGUGUUCACACUUCUGUUCUG